AUUGGAGGAGUGGUUCAGAGAUGUCUAUAUAAGGAACGUGAGGGCUUUGACUGUAACAGAAGCACUUCAGCUGAGUCAACAUGGAAUCCGUCAAUAUCGUGGCUGCCAUUCUCCUGAUGGUUAUGUUUCAAACCACUGAAUCUAAAAGAAUACAUGUGAAAGUUGAAAACUCUCACCUCCUAAAAGAGGUCCCUAUCAAGAUUCACAAUCCUCGUACCCCAAGAUCUACUAGUGUUUACCCCAGUGAUUGUAGUGGUUUUCCUCCCAGUUACCCUGAUGGGCUUUAUAUAAUUCAGCUCAAUAAUACACACCCACUGGUCGUCUACUGUAUAACUGAGAAUAACCAAAAGUGGACUGUAAUCCAGAAGAACACCAUUGCCUCUGAGAUUGAAUGGAGGGAAUCAUGGUCUACCUAUAAGUAUGGCUUUGGCAAUGUGGAGGGAGAUCACUGGUUGGGAAAUGAAUACAUCUACAAGUUAACUACUCAACAGACAUACAAGGCAAGAAUUGUGCUCAAUGCUACAAAGACUGACACCAGGUAUGCUGAAUAUGACACCUUUAGUUUGGAUGAGGAGUCAAGAGGCUAUGCUCUGCGACUGGGUAAAUACGCUGGCACGGCUCCUGAUUUCAUGAUUGACGGCAGUUCAACACAUGACAAUAUGAAGUUCUCCACUAAGGACAAAGACCAAGAUCGUAAUAGUGGUAACUGUGCCACUUCUUACCAUGGUGGCUGGUGGUAUGACAAUUGCAUUACUGUGCAGCUCAAUGGGAAGGGCUACAUUUACUGGAACACCGUAUGCCAAGGCAAUUGUGAAGCCUCACUAAUAAUGAUCAGACCUUCAGAAAUUUGCCAAGAGUCGCCUUAAAUCUGACUGCUAUAUUUGCACCAGUUUCAUUUCAUUAGUAUUGAAGCUUGUAGAAAUGUGGCUGUUAAAAAUCAUGUUAUCUGUAAGGUUUGCAAUAAAAAAAGAAAUACCUUUGUUAUAGGUGC